CGCAGGAGACCACAGGGGGAGGGGAGGGGGGAUGUUUCCACCAUCCCGGAUUUACAACCAUUUCAAGGAUAUUUAAGCGCAAAGAAUACUUUUUAUUUUUUGUCUCUUCUUUUUUUACUUCUGAAGAGUGGUAUUGGAGUCGGACUGACGUUUUUGGGCCACAUGACGUCUUACCUGAGUGGCUGAAGACUCAAGGAACCAAAAAUGGAUAAAAACUUAUUCGGAGGAGUCCCCAGGUUCCUCACCCGCCCAAAGGCGUUCUCAGUGUGCGUGGGCAAGGAUGCCACGCUGAGCUGCACCGUCAUGGGCAGCCCGACCCCCCUGAUCACCUGGGAAAAGGACAAGCUGAAGCUGGCAUCCGGGGGGCGCUUCAAAACCGUGGAGGACGGAGACGUGUACCGCCUCACCGUCUACGACUUGACACUGGAGGACAGCGGCCAAUUCAUGUGUCGGGCCAAAAACAGCGUCGGCGAAGCGUACGCCGCCGUGACCCUCAAAGUGGCGCUGCCGGCCGAGAUGGCUCAGAGAGCCCCCGGGUUCUUGGUUAAGCCCACCUCUACACGCGUGGGUUUGGGAGAAGAUGUUGUUUUCCACUGCCGGGUCGUCGCCUACCCCGACGCCAACUUCGAUUGGGAGAAAGACGGCCGCUACUUGGGGGAGACCAACCGCAUCAAGAUCGUUUCCGACGGCGACGGCAGCAUCCUGAAGAUCCAGAGUGUGCGCAGCCUGGACGGCGGCACCUACACCUGCAGGGCCCAGAACACCGUCGGCCGUUGCCACGCCGCGGCGGCUCUCGUCGUGGACGCCGAGGAUUCCCGCCACCUGUGUGCAGAUAAAAACACCUCCCUGCUUUCUCACCUACAGAAGCGCAAGGAGGAUAUGAAGAAGGACAUCUCCAUCUAUCGCACCGAGGAAAGCGGAUCCUCCGUUUCUUCCUCCUCCUCCUCCAAGGCCGACGCCACCGAUGGUUUGAGUUCUCUGAGCCCGGAGCGCAAGCUGCCCAAAGGUGUGUUCACUCGCACCUGCACGGUGACCGAAGGCAAGCACGCCAAGCUCAGCUGCUUCGUGACGGGUCACCCGAAACCCCACAUCACCUGGAGGAAGGACGGAGGCAACAUCAGCGAGGGCCGCAGGCAAGUCAUCUACGAGGACCAAGCCGAGAACUUCAUCCUCAAGAUCCUGUACUGCAAGCAGAGCGACAACGGCGUCUACACCUGCAACGCCACCAACAUGGCGGGCCAGACCUACAGCGCCGUGUUGGUCACGGUCAAAGAGCCGAAGGUGCCCUUCAGGAGGAAGCUCCAGGACGUGGAGGUUCAAGAGAAAACGUCGGCCACUCUGAUGUGCGAGGUGCCCGUUAGUGCCACCCAUGCCAACUGGUUCAUGGAGGAGACGCGGCUGCAGCAAAGCACCAAGUAUUACAUCGAGCAGGAAGGCAACCUCCGACGUCUCACCAUACACAACGUCACCACCAACGACGAUGGCGUUUAUAUCUGCGAGAUGAAGGAGGGCAGUCGCACCGUGGCCGAGCUCACCGUCCUGGGCAACAUAACGAAGAAACUUCCCCGGAGGACGGUGGUCCCCAUCAGUGACACCGUCAUCUUCUGCGUGGAGCUGGAGCAUCCCUUCCCGGACGCUUACUGGACCCGCAAUGGGGAGAAAUUGAAGGAAGAUUCCCGUAUUUCCAUUGCGUGCAUGCUCAGGCAAUACACGCUCACCAUUAGAGAUUGCCAGGCAGACGACUCGGGAGAGGUGGCCUUCGUGGCUGGAGACUGCAAGACCUCCACUCGGUUCUCCGUCACCGCCGCCAGGAAGCAUCCUCCCGAUCCCCCGGUCGAUGCUGUGGUGCAGAACAAGACGGACUCAUCUCUCACCAUUCAGUGGUCUCCUCCAGACAGCGACCGCCCUGUACCCAUCAAGGGCUACAUUGUGGAGAAGAAGAAGAUUGGCACUCAGACAUGGCAGCGGUGCAAUGCUGGGGAAACCAUCGUUUCCACGGAGAUCACCGUCUGCAGCUUCACGGAAGAAGCCACCUACCAGUUCCGCAUCUCCGCCAUGAAUGACUUUGGCCAAAGUGCCCACCUGGAGGUGCCCGGGAGCUUCUUCCUGGAACCCAGUGCUGACGUCAAGAAAGGCCUGGCGGACGGCGUCGCAUUCUCCGGGGAGGAGUUCUCCAUCUCCGUGGAGCUGUCCGCGGUCUGCUCCGGCUUCUGGUCUCUGAAUGGCCGCCUCCUGCGCAGCGGAGCAGACUACCUCAUCACCAGGUCCAAGAACACGCACACGCUGCUCAUCCGCGUCGUGACCACGGAAAUGAACGGAUCCGAGGUCAAGUUUGUGGGCGGAGGCUCGCAGAGCGAAUGCAUCCUGUGUGUGAAGGCUCCUUCUUGGAGGUUCACCAACAAGUCCGAUGUGCUGGAGGUGGUAAUCUGCGGCGCCCAAGCCACCGCUCAGCUGACUGCUGAGGUGUCGGAUUACAACGCACAGGUGGUUUGGAUGAGGAAUGGGCGGGAGGUGAAAAUGGGAAAAAAGUAUGAAUAUAUGCUCGCCGACCGCAAGAGGAUCCUGAUGGUCCACAAUGUUACGGAGGAAGAUGUCGGCAUCUACGAGUGUGUGUUAGCCGACGACAGAAUGGCCCUGCAACUCUCUCUUAACGAUGAACCUGCCAGAUUUCUGAACAAAUCCAGAGGCACCGUGGGAAUGUCGUCGUCCCUUAAAGGAGAUCUUGAGCUGAGCUGCGAGGUUUCUCCCGCCAGCGCCGCCGUCGUGUGGAGAAAAGAUCAAGCGCAGAUCGCCGAGGACCAAAGAACGACCUUCGUCUCCGAAGGCACUCAAAGGAAACUCGUCAUCAAGAACGCCAAGAAGAACGACGAAGGACGUUACUCCUGCGAGACGGCGGCAGACAAAGUCACAUUCCAGGUCACGAUAAAAGAAGCUCAAGCCGCGACUGCAUUCUCCCACAAGGAGUCGGUCCAGAAGGAGGUGAACGCUCCGCUCUCCCAGAAGGCAACCCUUAGUUGCAGUGUUUCAGACAGCAAAACGGAGGUGAAGUGGUACAAAGACGGCAAGUUGUUGAUCUCCAGUCGGACGAUAUACACGGAAGUAAAAGGCGAUACUCGUCAGCUGGUGGUUGAAAAGGUGGAGAAGAGCGAUGCUGGAGAGUAUACAUGCCAAGCCGGAGAGGAUAAGCUGGUGUUCAAGAUAUUUGUGUCAGAGAUUCAAUCGGCCUUCUCCAACAAGGAGUCAGUCCAGAAGGAGGUGAAAGCCACUUGCUCCCAGAAGGCCGCCCUGAGCUGUGAGGUCUCUGACACCAAGACGGAGGUGAAAUGGUACAAAGAUGGCAAGCUGCUGACUUCCAGUAAGACCAUCCAUACCGAGUCUAAAGGCAAGAGUCGCCAGCUGGUGAUGGACAGCGUGGAGAAGAAGGAUGGGGGAGAGUACGUCUGUGAGGCCGGGAGCGAGAAGUUGGCUUUCAAGAUACAUGUGGCAGAGGCCCAGUCGGCCUUCUUCAACAAGGAGUCAGUCCAGAAGGAGGUGAAAGCCACUUGCUCCCAGAAGGCCACCCUGAUCUGUGAGGUCUCUGACACCAAGACGGAGGUGAAAUGGUACAAAGAUGGCAAGCUGCUGACCUCCAGUAAGACCAUCCAUACCGAGUCUAAAGGCAAGAGUCGCCAGCUGGUGAUGGACAGCGUGGAGAAGAAGGAUGGGGGAGAGUACGUCUGUGAGGCCGGGAGUGAGAAGUUGGCUUUCAAGAUACAUGUGGCAGAAGCCCCGGCUGGAUUCUCCAACAAGGAGUCAGUCCAGAAGGAGGUGAAAGCCACUUGCUCCCAGAAAGCCACUCUGAGCUGUGAGGUCUCUGACAGCAAGACAGAGGUGAAAUGGUACAAAGAUGGCAAGCUGCUGACCUCCAGUAAGACCAUCCAUACCGAGUCUAAAGGCAAGAGUCGCCAGCUGGUGAUGGAUAGCGUGGAGAAGAAGGAUGCCGGAGAGUACGUGUGUGAAGCUGGAACGGAGAAGCUGGUCUUCAAAUUACAAGUGGAAGGUGCUCCUCCAGAGGCUAAAUCUGCUUUCAUCAACAAAGAGUCCGUGCAAAAGGAAGUGAAAGCCACGCUCUCCCAGAAGGCCACUCUGAGCUGCGAGGUAGUUGAUAACAAGACGGAGGUGAAAUGGUACAAGGAUGGCAAACUGCUGAGUCCCAGCAGAGCGGUUCACAUGGAGUCAAAGGGACAGAGUCGUCAGCUGGUGAUCGACAGCGUCGAGAAGAAAGAUGAAGGAGAAUACGCGUGUGAAGUCGGAACACAAAAACUGGUAUUUAAAGUACAGGUGACAGAGAUCCAAACCAAGUCAGCUUUCUCCAACAAGGAGUCAGUCCAGAAGGAGGUGAAAGCCACUUGCUCCCAGAAGGCCACUCUGAGCUGUGAGGUCUCUGACACCAAGACGGAGGUGAAAUGGUACAAAGAUGGCAAGCUGCUGACUUCCAGUAAGACCAUCCAUACCGAGUCUAAAGGCAAGAGUCGCCAGCUGGUGAUCGACAGCGUGGAGAAGAAGGAUGGGGGAGAGUACGUCUGUGAGGCCGGGGCCGAGAAGUUGGCUUUCAAGAUGCAUGUGGCAGAGGCCCAGUCGGCCUUCUCCAACAAGGAGUCAGUCCAGAAGGAGGUGAAAGCCACUUGCUCCCAGAAGGCCACUCUGAGCUGUGAGGUCUCUGACACCAAGACGGAGGUGAAAUGGUACAAAGAUGGCAAGCUGCUGACCUCCAGUAAGACCAUCCAUACCGAGUCUAAAGGCAAGAGUCGCCAGCUGGUGAUGGAUAGCGUGGAGAAGAAGGAUGGUGGAGAGUACGUCUGUGAGGCCGGGAGCGAGAAGUUGGCUUUCAAGAUGCAUGUGGCAGAGGCCCAGUCGGCCUUCUCCAACAAGGAGUCAGUCCAGAAGGAGGUGAAAGCCACUUGCUCCCAGAAGGCCACCCUGAGCUGUGAGGUCUCUGACACCAAGACGGAGGUGAAAUGGUAUAAAGAAGGCAAGCUGCUGACCUCCAGUAAGACCAUCCAUACCGAGUCUAAAGGCAAGAGUCGCCAGCUGGUGAUGGAUAGCGUGGAGAAGAAGGAUGCCGGAGAGUACGUCUGUGAGGCCGGGAGUGAGAAGUUGGCUUUCAAGAUACAUGUGGCAGAAGCCCCGGCUGGAUUCUCCAACAAGGAGUCAGUCCAGAAGGAGGUGAAAGCCACUUGCUCCCAGAAGGCCACUCUGAGCUGUGAGGUCUCUGACACCAAGACGGAGGUGAAAUGGUACAAAGAUGGCAAGCUGCUGACUUCCAGCAAAGCGGUCCACAUGGAGUCAAAGGGCAAGAGUCGCGAGCUGGUGAUUGAGAAAAUGGAUAAAAAAGAUGCCGGAGAAUACACAUGCGAGUCCGGGACAGAAAAGCUGGUAUUCAAGCUGCAGAUGACAGAUGCAGCUGUCAAGUUCCAGAAGACGCUCGCCAAGGACACAUGUGUUGUUGAAGUUAGUGAACGAGUAGUUUUGACCACUGAGCUGAGCAACGAGAGUGGAAGUGUGAAGUGGUUCAGAGAAGGUGUGGAGCUCAAGGAGGGCAGCAAGUAUGAAAUGAAAAAAGAGGGCGUGUCUCGUACCCUGAUAGUAAAAUCCUCAGAAUCCAAAGACAGUGGGACGUACUCCUGUCAAACCGCUGAUGACAAACUAGAGUUCAAAGUUCAAGUUAAAGAAUCAGCUCUGAAGUUUGUCGUCCCUUUGAAAGCCGCGACGGUGGAUUUGGGAGGUACGCUGAGCCUGACGUGUGAACUGAACCAAGCCUCGGGGGACGUCGUCUGGCAGCGUGAUGGUCGUGAAAUGAAACCCGGAGGCCGGCACAGCGUCAGGGCAGAUGGCGCCAAGCGGGUUCUCACCGUGACCGGCAUGACCAAAGAAGACGAAGGAGAAUACGACUGUAAAUGUAGAAAUGACAAGACCUCUGCGAAAGUCUCUUCGAAAGCACCCAGAGUGGUGAGGCUGACCACCAAGCUGAACAACGUGGCCGCGAUGGAGGGAAAAGACGCCAUUUUCAAGUGCGUCGUCAGCCCGGCGGACGGCAACGUCAAAUGGUUCCACAACAACAUGCCCGUCACCGCCGGGCCCAGGUACAGGAUGGAGCGCGGUGGCGGCAGUCACUCCCUCACCAUCACCUCCGUCACCCAAAAGGAUGCCGGAGAGAUUAGCAUCGACGCAGAAGGCAAAAGCUGCAACGCUUCCCUACAAGUGCAGCAUGAGCCUGUGAUAUUUCGGAAAAAGCUCGAAAACCUGACAGUGGAGGAGCAGAGUGAAGUGAGGCUGGAGGUGGAGCUCAGCAAGCCGUCGGAGGAAGUGAGGUGGAUGAAGAACAGCGUGGUGAUGCAGCCUGCAGGAAACAUGGAGAUCCGGGUCGACGGCGCCAAGCAGGCGCUGGUCUUCAAGAGCGUGACUUGUGCUGACCGGGGCCUCUACUCCUGUGAAACGCUGGAUGACAAAACCCAGAGCAAGCUCAAUGUGGAGAUGAAGAAGAUCCAGGUCCUGAAGGGGCUCACGGAAACCAAGGCACAUGAGACGGAGACGGUAACAUUUGAGGUGGAACUCAGCCAGGCGGAUGUUGAAGGCUCCUGGACCAGGGAUGGGGCCAAGUUUAAGGCGGGGCGAAUCCGUAUCACAGCUCUGGGAAAGAAGCACGCCUUAACGUUGUCCAAUCUCAAGAGGGAGGAUGCGGGGACUAUUUGCUUCCAAGCGGAAGGAGUACGUAGUUCUGGCAAACUGAUUAUCACAGAGCCUCCUGCUACGAUCGCCAAGCCCCUCGUGGAUAUCGGUGCGCCCGAGAAGGAGAAGGUUAUAUUUGAAUGCGAAUUGUCCAGAACAAAUGCAGAUGUUAAAUGGUUCAAGAAUGACAUGGAACUGAAACCGGGUAAGAAUGUUGGCAUCCAUUCCUCGGGCCGAAAGCGUUCGUUGGUCAUCAACAAAUGCACCCCUGAGGAUGCGGGCACUUACAUCUGUCGCACCGCGGACGAUAACACUGCCGCCGAGCUCACCGUGCACGCCAGAGAUAUUAAGAUUGUGAAGAAGCUGGAGGAUGUGGAAGUGAUGGAGAAGGAGAGCGCUUCAUUUGUCUGUGAAAUCUCACACGAAGAAGUGGACUGCCAGUGGCACAGAGGAAGUAUCAAACUCAAAGCUGGGGACAACAUCAAGAUGAGACAGGAGGGAAGAAUCCACGUACUGCUGUUUAAGAGCGUCAGCCCAGAGGAUAUGGGUGAGAUAAAGUUCACAGCUGACAAAGCCUCUUCAGCUGCUAAACUUAAAGUGAAAGAGCUGCCCGUGAAGUUUGUGAAGAGACUCAGGGAUAAGAUAGCGAUGCAUAAGCAUCGCGGCCAUCUUGAAUGCCAAGUGUCACGCGCCAGCGCAAAGGUGAAGUGGUACAAGAACAAGAUGGAGAUCAAACACGGCAAGAAAUACGAGAUCAAAAGCGAAGACGUGUACCGGAAACUCCUCAUCAACGAUGUGGACUCUGGAGACGAAGACAGCUACACCUGUGACGGCACCGAUGACAAGACGACCUGUAAACUGCUCGUGGAAGAGCAAUCAAUCAGCAUCGAGCGGGAGCUUAGUCCAGUGGAAGUGACGGAACCCUUUGCAGCUGUGUUUGAGGUUGAGAUCAGUAUGGAGCUGGUGAAACCUCCCAUAUGGACUCUGGAUGGAGUCGUCGUGCAGGAGAGCGCCGAUGUUGAAAUGGAGAAAGAGGGCACGAUGCACCGUCUCACUUUCAAAAAGACCAAAGCGUCAAUGACGGCCCCCGUGCAGUUCACAGCUGGGAAAAGCAAAUCUUUAGCUCAGCUCACAGUGAAAGAGCGUCCACUCGAGAUCGCAGAGCCCAUGAAAGAUGUGAAGGCGAAGGAGAAGAGCUCAGCAAUACUCUCCUGCAAAUUCUCCGCCUCCCCCAAAGAGGUGAAUUGGUUCAAGGGUCAGGGACCUCUGGCAGCGUCCGACAAGUAUAACAUGAAGCAAGACGCGAGGAGGGCUCAACUCACCAUUCAAAGGUUGACUGAGGAAGACAGUGGAGAGUACCGCUGUCGGUCUGGACCUGCUGAGAGCAAAGGGACUCUCACUGUUGAAGUGCGUGACAUUCAGGUCACCAAGCACCUGGCCGACACCGAGGUCGACGAAGACAGCGACGCCGUGUUCACGUGCGAGAUCAACUAUGCCGACGAAGAGGCGCAGUGGCUUCUGAACGACAAGGUGCUCUUCACUAACGAGGUCAAUGCCAUCGCUCAUGACGGAAAGGCUCACAAGCUGACGCUGAAGAACCUGGCACCCCAGGACGGGGGGACGAUCGCCUUUAAGGUCCGCAACGUGAACGAGUCUGUGACACUGAAGGUUAAAGAGAAGCGCGCGGUGUUCCUCAAGUCUCUCGACGACGUCAUCGGAGAGGAGAAAGGCAUGAUCACGCUGGCGUGCGAGGUGUCCAAGCCCCGGGUUUCUCCCACGUGGAGGAAAGAAAGCCAAAUCUUGAAGGCCGGCUCAAAGUACGAGCUGCUUCACACGGGCAAGUCUCUGGGACUGAUCAUCAAGGACGUCACCAGAGAAGACGCCGCCGAGUACAGUUGUGAUCUCGGAACUGAGGUUUCCAAAGCCAAGGUCACCGUCAGAGAGAUCGGCCUCGGAAUUACCAAGUGGCUGAAGUCAGCUGAGGUGAAUGAGGGAGAGAUGUGCAGCUUUGAGUGCAUCUUAUCUCGGGAGAGCACGGACGAGUGCUCCUGGACUCUUAAUGGCCGCGCGGUCACAAAUGGAGGCCGCUUCAAAGUCACCAGUAAAGGACGCAAGUACAUGCUGACCGUCAUGGAUGUGGUUCCUGCUGAUGCUGGAGAGGUGGUCUUAAACAUCAAAGACCUGCGCUCCAAAACUACACUAACAGUCGAAGGCGCGGCUUCGUCCGUGUCUAAAGGACUGCAGAGCGUCAGUGCUGUUCAGGGAGAAGACGCCGUGCUCACCUGUGAGGUCACGAAGUGCAGUUGCACUGUAAAGUGGGCCAAGGAAAGCAAAGCCAUCAAAAAGAGCCAGAAGUACGACAUUAGCCAAGAGGAUAAGGUCAUGAAGCUGACCGUCCUUAAUGUCUCUGCUGAAGACUCUGGAGAGUACAGCUGUGAAGUUGUUGGAGGAGCAACCACGAGAGCCACGCUGGAAAUCAGGGAGCCAAUCCAUGUAUUCACGAAAGUGCUCAAGGACAGCCGAGCUGAGGAGGGGAGCUCUGUGGCCUUGCAAUGUGAGACUGCACAAUGCCCAUCCGCUGUGGCAUGGCUGAAAGGCCACUCAGAGGUCAGGGCCGGAGGUCGAUAUGAGAUGUCCCAGAAGGGCGGGAUCCUAACUCUCACCAUCAAACACCUGGAGGAGAAAGACACUGAUAUCUACACCUGUGACGUGGGCACUGCCAAGAGCGUGGCAAAGGUGACGGUCAACGCGUUGCCGCCAACCUUCAAACAGAAGCUGGAGGCUCAGGAGGCCGAGGAGGGAGCAGGUGUUACUCUCUGUUGUGAGCUCUCUAAACCUGGAGUCCCCGUGGAGUGGAGGAAGGGAACACAGAUCCUGAAGUCUGGAGAAAAGUACCAGAUGAAGCAGAAGGCCUCUGUGAACCAACUCCUGAUCGACAAGCUGGAGCCAGACGACAGUGGAGACUACAGCUGUGUGUGUGGAGACCAGAAGACCUCCGCCAGCCUCAAGAUCAACGCCCGACCAGUGACCUUCAAACAGAAGCUGGAGGCUCAGGAGGCCGAGGAGGGAGCAGGUGUUACUCUCUGUUGUGAGCUCUCUAAACCUGGAGUCCCCGUGGAGUGGAGGAAGGGAACACAGAUCCUGAAGGGUGGAGAAAAGUACCAGAUGAAGCAGAAGGCCUCUGUGAACCAACUCCUGAUCGACAAGCUGGAGCCAGACGACAGUGGAGACUACAGCUGUGUGUGUGGAGACCAGAAGACCUCCGCCAGCCUCAAGAUCAACGCCCGACCAGUGACCUUCAAACAGAAGCUGGAGGCUCAGGAGGCCGAGGAGGGAGCAGGUGUUACUCUCUGUUGUGAGCUCUCUAAACCUGGAGUCCCCGUGGAGUGGAGGAAGGGAACACAGAUCCUGAAGGGUGGAGAAAAGUACCAGAUGAAGCAGAAGGCCUCUGUGAACCAACUCCUGAUCGACAAGCUGGAGCCAGACGACAGUGGAGACUACAGCUGUGUGUGUGGAGACCAGAAGACCUCCGCCAGCCUCAAGAUCAACGCCCGACCAGUGACCUUCAAACAGAAGCUGGAGGCUCAGGAGGCCGAGGAGGGAGCAGGUGUUACUCUCUGUUGUGAGCUCUCUAAACCUGGAGUCCCCGUGGAGUGGAGGAAGGGAACACAGAUCCUGAAGUCUGGAGAAAAGUACCAGAUGAAGCAGAAGGCCUCUGUGAACCAACUCCUGAUCGACAAGCUGGAGCCAGACGACAGUGGAGACUACAGCUGUGUGUGUGGAGACCAGAAGACCUCCGCCAGCCUCAAGAUCAACGCUGUGAAGCGGUCAGUUCCUCCUUUAUCUACUAAACUGGACUCUAAGAUGCAGGAGACCAAGGAAAUAACGGAAGCCAAGGUCCCUGAAGCUUUGUCCUCAGCUGCGAAAGACGAAUACAAAAGGCGAGAAAUACAUGAGACGGUAGAAGCUGCGACUCUGCCAACUACCGGACAGACUCCUAAAGAGCUCCUCCAGCAGGAGAUCCAGAGAGAUUCACCAGAGCUCAAGGUGGGAGGUGAAGUUGAAAAGACUGCUGCCGGAAUAGCUGCGAAACAAGAUACGCAGAGGCGGGAGACCAAAGAGCCAAGAGCAGCUACAGCAGAGAUGCCACGGGCUUCAGCAGAGACCUCCGAAGUUGAGUCUGAGAGGCAAGAAUCCAAAAAGCGAGUUGAAGUUCUUCCCGUCGUCGUCAUUCGAGACCUGGAGAGCCGGGAGGCCGAGGAGGGACACGAUGUCACUCUGCACUGCGAGCUUUCUAAACCUGGACUCCCCGUCGAGUGGAAGAGGGGAACUCGAGUCCUGACUCGUGGAGAAAAGUACCAGAUGAAAGGAAUCGGAUCGAGCUACGAGCUUCGGAUCUUCGAUUUGAAACCCGUGGACACGGGAAGCUACACGUGCGGCUCGGAGGACGCGCUGUGCUCGGCCUCUCUGGUCGUACACGCUGCCCCAGUUGUUUUCACUAAAGAGCUCGAAAGCCAAAUGGCCGACGAGGGGGAGAGCGUCACUCUGCACUGCGAGCUUUCUAAACCCGGUGUUCCUCUGGAGUGGAGGAAAGGAGAGCUUGGUCUGUGUCCUUGUGCCAAGUAUGAAGUUAGACAAGCCGGACCCCUGGCGUCACUAGUCAUCCAUGAUGUGGACCCCGAGGAUGCUGGGAGUUACACAUGUGACUCGGGCGUCCAUCAAAGCACUGCACAACUCGACGUGAAGGCCCGGCCUGUCCUUUUCAAAACCCAGCUGCGAAACCUGGACAGACGGGAAGGGGAGAGCGCUACUCUUCGCUGCGAGACCACAAAGCCGGGCGCCGGAGUCGUCUGGAGGCGUGGCGACAGGCUGCUGGCGUCCGGCAGCAAGUAUCACCUGACACAGGAAGGGGCCGUAGUCGAGCUCGCCAUCUUUAAACUGCAGGGCGCCGACUCUGGAGAAUACUCCUGUGAUACAGGCGACCAGAGGACUUCAGCUGUCCUCACCGUGCAGGAGGUCGAGGUUAACAUCCUGAGGUUCCUGGAGAGCUGCGUUGUGUACGAGGGAGACGACGUUCACUUUGAAUGUCUGGUUUCUCGCGGGGACGCCGCGCCUCUCGCUCAGUGGAAACUCCAGGAUGUGCCGCUGCAGAAUAAUGAAAUGAACGUGAUCCUGCGCGAGGGUCCGGCACACGGCCUCACGCUCAGAGGCGUCACCGCGGCUGACUCGGGAACGGUCACGUUCACUGUGGGUCACCACACUUCCACCGCUUCUCUGACCGUCAGAGCCGCACCUGUACGAUUCAAGAAGGAGCUGGAGAGUCAGGAGACCCCUGAAGGAGACACGGCCACCCUGACCUGUGAGACCUCCAGCCCUGACCGCAAGGUGGUCUGGCUGAAGGGCUCAACUGUGCUCACCCACGGAGAAAAGUACAAGCUGGAGCAGAGGGAAGCCGCUCACAUCCUGGUCGUGCACAAGCUGAAUGCGCAGGAUAGUGGAGAAUAUACCUGUGACACAGGGGACAGGAGAAGUACAGCUACCCUGACUGUGAAAGAGCACGUGCGCUUCGUCCGAGAACUCUGCGAUCUCACCGUGCCCACUGGGCAGGACGCCGUCUUUGAGGUCGAGUUGACGCACUCCGGCGUGGCACACGGGGAAUGGUGGCUCGCAGACAACCUCCUCCAAAAUAAUGAUCUAAAUCAAAUGAGCAGCCACGGCAAAGUGCACCGUCUGGUCCUGAAGAUGGUGACCGCGGACGAAUCGGGGGAUGUUGCCUUCGUGGUGGGAGAAGAGAAGACCGUGGCCUGUCUUCAGGUGGAGGAGAAACCCAAAGUGCUAAUACUAGAGAAGCCACACGACGCUGUGGCGGUAGAGGGCGAAGCCGUCACUCUGGCCUGCACCGUCUCUGACCCCAAGGCCGCGGUCACCUGGAUCAGAAACACCGUGGCCGUCCGAGCAGGUCUCAAGUACGACCUGAGGAGCAACGGGGCGCUCCACCAGCUUUGUAUCCACAACCUGGUGCCGGAGGACUCGGGAGCGUACACGUGUGACACUGGAGAUGCACAGUGUGACGUCACCUUGACUGUGGAAGGUGCCCCAGUGUUCUUCCACAAAGAGCUCAAGAACCUGGACGCCUUAGAGGGUGAGGAUGUUGCCCUGCGCUGCGAGCUGUCUAAGCCAGGCGUUUGCGUUGAGUGGAGGAAAGGAGGCAUAGUCCUCCAGGCCGGGAAGAAGUGUGAGAUGAGGCAGGAAGGGUGCAUUCAAGAGCUCGUUUUACGGAACCUGGAGCCUGAGGACAGUGGCUACUACACCUGUGAUGCAGGAGACCAGCUCACCACAGCUUCUUUGGCAGUGCAAGUGAGAGAAGUCUUCAUCGUGUGUGGUCUUAAGACCACCGACGUCUUUGUUGGGGAAUGGGCAACCUUCUCCUGCCAGCUGUCUGGUAGGGCGCCUGGCCAGGUGCAGUGGUGGCUGGAUGGCACCUUGCUGGAGAGCAGCCCCUCUAGUGAGAUAGAGCUGAGCCACGGCCACAUCCACACACUCACCUUAAAGAACCUGGCCACGGACGACUCGGGCACGGUCGCGUUCAAAGCUGGCGGUUUAACAGCGACGGCAAAGCUCUUAGUCAAAGAUCCCACAGUCGAAGUGGUGAGCGAGAUGGAGGACCUCCGGGUGCUUAAGAACCAACCGGCUGAGUUCAUCUGCCAGUACACGCGGCCGGUCAAGGCUCAGUGGAAGAAAGACGGGCAGCCAUUGCAGCCUGACGGCCGAAGGGUGUUAGUGGAGCAGGACUGGAACGUGGCGCGCUUGUACAUUAGCCACGUGUCCGCUGAGGACGGGGGCACGUACAGCUGCGAGGCGGAGGGGACUCGCGUGGUCGCUUCACUUUACGUGGAAGGCAAACCCAUUGACCUCGUCCAGGGCCUGGAGAACGUGGAAACCUUCGAUGGAGGCGAAGCGCUGUUUGAGUGUGCCCUCUCUCGCCCCGAGAGCAAAGAUUGUGGCUGGCUCCUCGACGGGAAGCCAGUGAGGGAGUCCCCUAACGCGGAAAUCGUGACGUUUGAGAACGGCCGUCGUCAUCUGCUGCUGCUGAAGGAGCUGAGAGUGAAGGACAGCUGCACCGUGACCUUCAAAGUUGGCACGGCAUCCACAUCCGCCCAACUCGCUGUCAAAGGCUGGCAGCUGGACGUAGUGAAGGCUCUGGAGGACAAGGUGGCCGCAGUGGGAGAGAAGGUUGAGUUUUGUGUCGAGCUCACCGAGCGGGUCCCCGUGGCAGAAGUCGCCUGGUACGCCGACGGCGUUGAGAUCAUGUCCAGUGACCUCUGGGCCAUGAGGGCCGACGGGUGUUCUUACCGCCUCGUCCUGAGACGAGCGCCUCUGUUGCCGCCGCUGGAAAUUACAUUUGCUGCAAGAGAUGCUCUCUCUUUGGCCAAGCUCACCAUCAUCACUGUAGCUGAUCCUCCAGAGGACCCGGAGGUCCUCAGCAAGACGGAAAAGUCCGUCACCCUCUCUUGGUUCACGCCUUUACAUGACGGAGGAAGUCCCAUUCUGGGCUACAGGGUGGAGAUGCGGCUGACGGACAGUGCCCUGUGGCUUCCCGGUCAUUCUGAACCCGUGUGCAACACGGAGUUUGUGUUUGAAAAUCUGAUCCCGGGGAGCGGCUACAGGUUUCGAGUGGGGGCCAUCAACAGAGCUGGGAUUGGAGAGCCCGUUGAGUUGCCUCACACUGUGCAGCUUGGUAUGGAGGCCAAGCAGGAAGAGGCUGUGACGAUGGGGCAGCCCAGUCUGCCUCCAGAAGCCGCCGAAGAAGGCGACGUCCACGAGCUGUGGCAGGAAUCGGCCAAGAAACGACGCAUGAGUCGAGAGCCGACGCUGGACUCCAUCACUGAACAACCGGAGGAGGUUGUCGGCGGCGGUCCAAACAAAUCGGGGCCGAAAGAGUCGAAGUCUUCAGAGAAAGUGGAAAUGAAAUCAGAAGAGCAAGUGGGAAUUAAAUCGGUAGAGAAAGUGGAAAUCAAAUCAGAAGAGCAAGUGGGAAUUAAAUCGGUAGAGAAAGUGGAAAUCAAAUCAGAAGAGCAAGUGGGAAUUAAAUCGGUCGAGAAAGUGGAAAUGAAAUCGGUGGAGCAGGUGCAGGCCGCUGUGUCGAAGAAGCAGACGGCGUCCAAGUUGUCCGCCAGCUCUGAGGACGAGUCUGUUUCUGGGGGUUCAACGCUGGUCUCCUACCUCAAGAAGAGCAGCAAGUCGACCGUCGCGGCGAGCAACGAGACGGGGGACAUCUCCACUGAGAGGUUCUUUGAACAUUUCCAGAUGGCCGAGCAGAGAACAGUGCAGCACACUAAAGUUGAAACGACCACGGUUCAGCAGACGGAUGGACGACGGGGGCCCGCGGAGGAGGCUGACAUCAUGGAGAUCAGUAAAGAGGAGGAGCCUGAGCUCACCGACGCCGCCAUUAAGAUCCAAGCUGCCUUCAAGGGCUACAAAGCCCGCAAGGUCAUGCGACCCGUCUUCAAGGACGCCUUCAAAGACCAGACGAAAGAGCCCAACGGCACCAUUCAUCUGGAGUGUGUGGCGGAAGGUAAGCCCGAUAAGAUGCGGUGGCUGAAGGACGGAGAACCCCUGCAGGACGGCAAGCACCACCAUAUCGAUAUCUAUAACGACGGGACCUGCUCCCUGGUCAUCACCGCCAUCGACACGACGGAUACCGGGCUUUACACCUGCGAGGUCACCAACAAGUUCGGAGUCACGUCUCACAGCGGUACGGUCACGGUGGAGACGGCGAGUGAAUAUUCGGGGCGGCGGCCGCUGACCGUGGGCUACAGCGCCGACAGCGAGCCCGAGAGCUCCUCGGGGAGCGAGAUGGACGAGUCCCUGAGGCGGGCGAGCAGACGUCUGCGGCGCCUGCUGCGCACGCACCUCCCGCCGGCCGUCGAGGAAGAACCGUUUGUCAGCGCGGAAGAAGGAGACCUGGGUCCUCCAGACCCGCACUCGUACAGAGAGGACGACGGCUACAUCUACAUUCGCUUCGACUCGCGGGCCGAGGCCGACGUGGCCUCCGAGAGGUUCCAGGAGAUGUUUACGGUCCACGGGGUUCCCGUGGAGACCACCAUCCUGGAGGCGGGCUUUCUCAAAGUGGAGCUGCGAAUUAAAAAGAUGGGCUACACCCAAGACGGCACGCAGACCCCCACGCCAGACAGACAGCCUCCUGCAUUCAUGGCCGGAGCAGCAGCCGCCCCCGUCUUCCUGACCGAGCUGCACAGUCAGGAUGUUCCCGAUGGUUAUCCAGUCAGCUUCGACUGCGUUGUGAUCGGCAAGCCCACUCCCACCGUCCACUGGUACAAGGACGGCAAACUGCUCGAGGAGAAUGACCAUUUAAUGAUCAACGAGGACCAGGAGGGCUGCCACCAACUCAUCAUCACCACCGUGCUGCCCACUGACAUGGGGGCCUAUCGCUGCACGGCUGAAAACAGCAGCGGCAUCGCAGCCACUAAGGCUGAACUCAGGGUGGACAUGUCGUGCAGCUCCGAUUACGACACUGCUGCUGAUGCCACUGAGACAUCCUCCUAUGUCAGCGCCAAGGGAUACAUGUCAAGGGAAACUGAGACAUUUGAGUCAGUCGCUGAAGACGAUCAGCUUCCACAAGUUGUGGACGAGCUUCAUGACGUUCAUGUCAGUCCGGGUUCACCUAUCGCUUCGAUGCAGCUCAAAUUGAAGGGCUUCCCCAAACCCAGAGUCUACUGGUUCAAAGACAGCCACCCUCUGCGGCCUUCAGACAGGAUCCGGCUGCUGGCAGAGAGAGACGUUCAUGCCGUGGAGAUCCGGCAGGUGAAGAAAGAGGACAUGGGGGAGUACUCUGCCUACAUCAGCAACGCAGCUGGUUCUGCCUACUCCUCUGGCCGCCUGAUAGUUCUGAAUCCGGGGGAGAUGAUGCCACAAGUCAAAAGAGACCCCAAGGUGCCUCUGGUGCCCCCCCGCUUCAUUGAAAGGUUCAGCAACAGGAAGGUGAAACAAGGAGCCAGCAUCACUCUGUCCGUCAAAGUCGAAGGCUCCCCCACUCCGAUGGUCUCGUGGCUGAAGGAGGAAUCGGUGGAAGACGUCCUGUGGAUCAAGCCCGACACCAAGGGAUACAAAAUCGCGAGCUCGGGACGCCAGCACAGCCUCAUCCUGAUGGACGUGGGCACCGAGUACACGGGCGCCUACACCUGCAUUGCCACAAAUAGAGCGGGGCAGUCCAUCUGCACCGCCCACCUCGGGGUUGAUGACGCACAACCAAAGAAGGAGACCAGAGCCUCAGAGGUUCUUGGAAUUACAGUUAGUGCCCCAGAGGAGGAGGCUGGCAGAGCAAAAGAGAUUAAAAUGCCCUACCUCGGGGAAGUAGGGUCAGAGGAAUUCCUCAUGAAACUCACCACCCAGAUCACUGAGAUGGUAUCAGCGAAGAUGACGCAAGACAGCGUACAGAAUCUUGAAGUGCUCCAGUGGAUGAAAUCUUGGCCCAAAACUACCACUUCCUUGCGGGUACCAGGUGUCGACAGUGACGAUGAGACCAAGACCCCGUCUCCGUCGCCUCAUCUCGGCCGCUCUCGUCCUCCGUCUCUCAUCGCCGACUCCUCCUCUGAGUCCGACGAGGGGGACGCCAGGGGAGAGAUGUUUGACAUCUACGUGGCAACGGCUGACUACAACCCCACCCUAGCCAACAAAGAAGCCAUCGCUCUCAAGGUGGGGCAGUAUGUGGAGGUUUUGGACUCUGCUCAUCCCCUCAAAUGGUUAGUCCGGACCAAACCCACCAAAACGACACCAUCCCGUCACGGCUGGGUCUCACCUGCCUACCUGGACAAGAAACUCAAACUCUCUGCCGAUACGAGUGACCUUCCGGAUGCAAACACAGAGGAGGUGUCCGAGGGUGGCGAAUACAAGAGGAAGUUACUUCAACUCAUCCAGGACCUGAUGAAUGGUGAAUCCCAGUUUGUAAAAGAGAUGGACUUCUUUGCCUCCCAUCACCUGAAGCACGCCGAAGGCCCCGAUGCGCCGCCCGACGUCAGCAGCCAGAAGGACGCCAUCUUCAGGAACAUCGACGACAUCAAGUCCUUCCACAGCAAAGCAUUCCUUCCGAAGCUGAACGCCUGUGACACAGACGAUGACGUCGCCAUGUGCUUCCUGAAGAACAAGGAGGGCUUUGAGAAGUACCUCCACUAUCUAGUGGGUCAGAGUCUGGCUGAAUCUGCUGUCAGUGACAAGGCCGUCCACCGCUUCUUCAAGGAGUACACGGAUAAAGUGCAAGCCAGUGCAGACCCUGCAGACCCCCCGGUACGCAGCAUCAACGCCAGCCUCCAACAACCGCUGGAGAGGAUUCAGAAGUACAAGGCCGCCCUCAAGGAGCUCAUCCGCAACAAGGCCAAAAAUGGCCAGAACUGCUGCCUGCUGGAAGAAGCGUACGCCAUGGUGUCUGCACUGCCGCAGCGCUCUGAGAACACCCACCACGUCACCAUGAUCGAGAACUACCCCGCCACACUGGAGGUGUUGGGAGAGCCAAUGAGACAGGGACCCUUCCAAGUGUGGGAAGGGGCUCCAGGAAUUCGGACGUCCUCUAGAGGUCACCACCGCCACGUGUUCCUGUUCAAGAACUACUGUGUCAUCUGCAAACCCAAGAGAGACAGCAACACCGACACACAAGCUUAUGUUUUCAAGAACAUGAUGAAGCUGAAUAACAUCGACGUGAACGAGACGGUGGAGGGCGACGACCGCGCCUUCGAGAUCUGGCACGAGCGCGAGGACUCUGUGAGGAAAUACACGCUGCAGGCCCGAACCAUCAGCAUCAAGAACUCGUGGCUGAGAGACUUCCGAGAGCUGCAGCAGCGAUACAGCACGCCGGCGUGGAGUCCCCCUGACUUUGAUGAGAUUCUGGCAAACUGCACGGCCGAGCUGGGGCAGACCGUGAAGCUGGCCUGCAGAGCCACCGGAGUGCCCAAACCAGCUGUCACUUGGUACAAGGAUGGACGCCCCGUGGACGCCGGUCCUCAUCACAUCAUCAUCGAGGAUCCCGACGGUUCCUGCACCCUGAUCCUGGACAACAUGACGGCGGACGACUCCGGCCAGUACAUGUGCUUCGCCACGAGCUCGGCCGGCAACGCCAGCACGCUCGGCAAGGUCACCGUUCAGAUGCCGCCUCGUUUUCUAAAUAAAAUGAAGAAUGCUAUAUUUGUCGCCGGGGAGGACACUCGGUUCAGCUGCGUCAUACAGAGCGCCCCCAGCCCCAAGAUCAGGUGGUUCAAAGAUUGCCGGCUGCUGACUGACCAGGAAAAGUAUCACACCUACAACGAGCCCCGCAGUGGAGCUCUGGUCCUGGUCAUAAAGAACCUGACCGAGAGAGACCUCGGACACUACGAGUGCGAGCUGUGUAACCGUCUGGGCAGCGCCAAGUGCGCCGCGGAUCUCGUCCCGCCCUCUGCUGUGAGUCGCACUGGUGAGCAGGUCAUCACGAUCGAAGUUACUGAACAGGAGACGAGGUUACCCAAGAAAACCGUCAUCAUUGAGGAGACGAUAACCACCGUGGUGAAGAACCAGCGCAUGAGGAGGCACAAGUCCCCCGGCUUUACCAUCGCCGGGGCCCACCGCUCGGAGCCCCCCACCCCGGAGCCCCCCGCGGCCAGGCCGAGGAGGAUGCCCGCGCCGAGAAAGAGCGCCAUCCCGACCCUCUACGUCACCCAACCCGGCGGCGCCGAAGCCAGAACCGCGGAGAGCCACCCCCGGUGGGUCGAGGUGGAGGAGGUCAUCGAGUACAAGGUCACUAAGUCGCCCAAGCUGUCCAGGAGGAGGGGCGUCUCACCGGCGGGGUCCGAUCGCGCGACCCCUACCUUCCGAUCUAAAAGAUCCCCGCCGGAAAACCCCAAUGCGAACAAUUCCAACAACAAGCUGGUGGAGCAGGCCCAGGCGCCGCUGCAGGGCGACGUCAGCCAGCCGCUCCCCUGGGAGGAAGAGGAGGAGGAAGAGGGGGGGAGCGUCACCUCCGGAGAGCCCCGCGAGCUCUCGUCCGUCCUCGCUCCGGCCGGAGAAGACGGCGAGGCCCCGGGCGACGCCCACACCGUCAUCUUUGAGCCCGACGACGAAGAGGAGGGUCGCGUCUCGCCGGGAGAGCAGCAGCCGAGGCGCGUCUUGACCCUCGAAGACUUGGAGGACUACGUCCCGGGAGAAGGCGAGACCUACGGGUCGCCCGGCGGCCGCGAGCCCGCCGCGGAGACGCCCUGCGAGGUCUCCGUGCUGCAGAGGGAGAUCGGCGGCGCCGCGGUGGGACAGCCGGUGCUCCUCAACGUGGGGCGGCCCGCGGCGGCGCCCAGGCAGAGGGGCGGCGGCUUCUUCAGCCGCUUCAGGGAGCACCUCUCCGGCGGCGUUUUCUCGUCGCCGACGGAGAGGCGCGUCCCCAUCCAGGUGAGCCGCGCCGAGCUGGAGGUCACGCCGUCCUACCGCUCCGAGGUGCAGCGGGUGGAGGGCGGGGGGCGGAGCUUCAAAACCAAAGUGUCGACUCGGACCUACGGCUACGCGGCGGCGGGCAACGACCUUCACCAGGGCCAGUAGGAGCGGACGGCGGAACCCUCUGUCUUAAAAACGGGGACAUUUUGCACGAGGCGCGUCCGGACCGGAAGCAUCUUUACUGCGUUUGACGAACCGUUCCGCUCUGAAGCUUCCCAUCGGGAGAGGAACAGGAAAAGAGGGUUUUUUUUCUAGAAGAAUGGUUCAUGUCAGAUGAUGUCACUAGACUAGGCGAGUUGGAAACUGUAUUAAAUAUGGAACUGUGACCUUGUUACAGCUGAUCCAUGACAUGUGCAGUGUGUGUUGCUCAAUACACACGAUGGAGACAGGAAACGGAAAUUAAGGAUUGACACAUUUGACUGAUUAACUCUUUUGUCGUCGGUUUUUAAGUGAAAUUCAAAUGUUUAAAAAAGAAAAUCAUCACGAAUCACUUAAACACAACUUCUCGAAAAUCAUGAACCUUGACCCACUAAUUAACUGAUCCAGGCAUUAUCCUUAGUAAUGACUAUCGCUUUAUACAAAUAAUGACACGGUAUAUUUAGCUCUAUAUAUAUAUUUAUAUAAACAUAUUUAUAUAUAUAUAUAUAUUUAUAUAUGUAUAUAUAUAUAUAUAUUUUAAAAAUGUGGGAGGUUUUCUGUUCAGUAAUGUCUCCGCAGUGCUGUAGCUUCCUGGAGCAGCGAGUGUUGGUGAGGUCACGUCUACGUCAACAUGAAGUCUAUUUAAAAUACGCAACACUGAACUUUGGAGACCGUUGUGGUCCAUCGGUUCGAGUCUAAUCAAAGAUGAGGGUCGGCUGUAGCUCAGUGGGGUAAGGGGGUCGUCCUGCAACCCCAAGGUUGUCGGUUCGAUCCCCGCUCUCCCCAUUAGUUGCUAGUCGAAGUGUCCUUGAGCAAGGCACUGAACCCCCAGUUGCUUCCCGGGCGCAUCACUGCAGCCCACUGCUCCUUAAUAACUAAGGAUGGGUUAAAUGCAGAGAACUAAUUUCCCCUUGGGGAUUAAUAAAGUAUAUAUCUUAUUUUAUGUGCCUUUAAAUUCAUAAACGUGAGUUCUCCUUUGGGUGUUUGAGUUAUUCGUUAAGCAGCUUUUACAAAUAUGACAUUUCUACGAGCAAAAGAUGAAUCUGUUCCACAGUUUGACUGCCGCAUACGUCUUUUAUUGUGAACCCGACGGUUGUACCUAUUAAUCGAAUGUUUCUGACAUCCUCGUGUCUCGUCAUGUUGAAGUCAGUGUGUCACGGGGCCAUAUGUAAGCUAUUUAGAUGAUAUCAAACCAGAUCUCUAAUCUUGUAUUUGAUUGCGAGCAAAUGUCUGUGCAAAGAUCACUUUCACAUAAUCUACCUUUUCAUAACAAACCGUGUGGUGUUUAAAAAAAAAAAAGACAUAUGUUGAGUUACAAGGAUCAUGUGACGCGUCAACAAUAACGCACUAAUAGGUUGUAAUUGCUUGUCCUGUAUGCGUGUAGUUUCUGAAUUUUUUUUUUUAGUUCUCAGUUCUAAUAAAAAGUUGUCCCGCAAAUAAUAA